CAUCAGUGUGAAGACUUGUUAUCUGAAUGUCAAAAAUCUCGUGUUCCAUACAGCACGCAAUAUUUCUAGUGUGAGCAGCCGGUUCAUUACAACUAGACACAACAAAGAAAAAACUGAACUCCUAUUCGAAUAUUCAAGAAAAAUUCGUGUAUCAAAAUGGCUCAAAGUAAAUUGAACGAUUUGGCUGGUAAAUUUGGAAAGGGCGGACCACCUGGAUUAGGAAUUGGAUUAAAAUUGUUGGGUGUUGCUGGUGCCUUGGUCUAUGGUGCUACUCAAUCAGUGUAUACCGUCGAGGGUGGUCAUCGUGCAAUCAUCUUUAAUCGUAUUGGUGGUGUACAAAAUGAUAUUUACCCCGAAGGAUUACAUUUCCGCAUUCCAUGGUUCCAAUAUCCCAUCAUUUAUGACAUUCGUUCACGACCACGAAAAAUCUCAUCGCCAAGCGGUUCCAAAGAUUUACAAAUGGUAAACAUUUCAUUGCGUGUUCUAUCGCGACCGGACGCAAUAAAUUUACCAACCAUGUACCGUCAAUUGGGUUUGGACUAUGAUGAAAAAGUAUUACCAUCGAUUUGUAAUGAAGUACUGAAAAGUGUUGUAGCCAAAUUUAAUGCAUCACAAUUGAUUACACAACGUCAACAAGUUUCGUUGUUGAUUCGCCGUGAGCUUGUUGAACGGGCACGUGAUUUCAAUAUUAUUUUGGACGAUGUAUCAUUGACUGAGCUCAGUUUUGGCAAAGAAUAUACAGCUGCUGUUGAAGCCAAACAAGUGGCACAACAAGAAGCACAACGUGCUGCCUUCUAUGUUGAACGUGCCAUCCAAGAGAAACAACAGAAAAUCGUACAGGCUGAGGGAGAAGCUGAAGCAGCCAAAAUGUUAGGUUUAGCUGUGGCCCGUAAUCCAGGUUACUUGAAAUUGAGAAAAAUUCGGGCUGCCCAAAGCAUUGCACGCACGAUGGCCAACUCACAAAACAAAGUGUAUUUGUCAGCUAAUAGUUUAAUGUUGAACAUCCAAGAUGCAACCUUUGACGAUAUGACGACAAAAGUACAAAACGAUAAUCAACAAUGGUUUGUAUUUGAUAAAGCCGCACAAACAAGGACACUCACAUCAGAACAAUCUUCUACAAAUACUAUUGGAAACAUAGCUGGUGAUGCUGCAACUAACUUCAUCCAACAAUAGAACAAUGAAAUCAAUCCAACUGCAUUUGGGGGAUGUAUAGUCGAAUGUUCGCACAUGUGAUAGUCGAAA